AUGAAGAACUUCUUCAGGAAGCUCCACAUCGGGGAGGGGUCCGGGGACGGCGCGUCGCCGCCCGCCCCGCCGCUCCCCCGCAAGGGCAGCGGCGGCGGCGGAGGAGGAGGCGGAGGCGGAGGCGGAGGCGCGGUCCACCAUCACCUCCCCGAGCAGCGGCAGCAGCAGCCGCCCUCGGUGGUGUCCACCUGGCUCGACUCCGUCCCGACGCGGCCCCCGCCCCCGACGCCCCCGCCCCCCGCGGAGGCGGAGGGGUCGGCGUCCGCGUCGCUGGGUGGGGAGGAUAGGCGGCCAUCGGGGCCGGUGGGCGAGAGGAGGCGCGCGCAGGAGGAGGGAAUGGAGCGCAGGCUCUCGCAGGAGGGCGAGCGGCGGCGAUCGCGGGAGGAGGACGCGGUGGAGGAGCGGGUCAUAAGGGAGUCGUCCGAGGCCGAGGAGAGGAAGCGGGAGAGGGAGAAGGAGGAGGACGACCUCGAGGAGUUCCAGCUGCAGCUCGUGCUGGAGAUGAGCGCCCGGGACAACCCCGAGGAAAUGGAGAUCGAGGUCGCCAAGCAGAUGAGCCUGGGCUUCCGCCGCCCCGCGAGCUCCCUCGCUGAGGUCCUCGCGGCCCGAUACUGGAAUUUCAACGCCCUUGGCUAUGAUGACAAGAUAACAGAUGGUUUUUAUGAUCUCUACGUCAUUGGGAAUGGGCCGGCAUCAAUAAACAUGCCCUCUCUGAGUGAACUGCGAGCACAGCCAGUUUCACAUAAUAGUGUCAACUGGGAAACUGUAUUGGUUCACAGAGGUGAAGAUCCUGAGCUUAUGAAACUUGAGCAGAAGGCCUCAAUCAUUGCUAUUGAACUUCGAUCGAGAAAUUCAGAAUUUGUUGGCAAUGUUUUGAUUCAAAAACUUGCUAAUUUAGUUUCUAACCACAUGGGCGGACUAAUAUUUGAUCCUGAGAACACGUCGAGAAAAUACCAGAAUAUGAUCAGAUCCCUGAGAGCACGUAUUGGAAGUGUAGUUGUGCCUCUUGGCCAAUUAAAAACUGGUCUAGCUCGUCAUCGCGCGCUGCUAUUUAAGGUUUUGGCUGAUAGCCUUCAUAUCCCUUGUCGACUCCUGAAAGGAAGGCAGUAUACUGGAUCGGAUGAUGGAGCUUUGAACAUUGUGAAAUAUGACGAUGGAAGGGAGUUCAUCGUUGAUCUCGUGACAGAUCCUGGCACAGUUAUUCCUUCAGAGGGUGCUGUUUUGUCUACAGAAUUUGAAGACAGUUCCUACUCAGAUAAUCAUCAGUUAAGCAAAGCUGAUAUGACCAAUCAGUUGGGAUCUUCUCACAGUGGAGUCUCAAAUUCUGCAUGCGAUUCCUUUGAGUAUGAGCUACUUGACAGAAGAUCGACAUCAAGCAACGUUGGUCCUUCUGAUACAGAUGGAGCUGCGACUAGUCAAACAAGCAAUCAACAAAAUACGAUAAGUUCUUUUGAAAAUUUAUCGGUUAGCACAUUCCCAAGUGAAAAUAAACCUGUUAUCAAUGAAAGUAGAGGCACAGAAGAAGCGGUGGCACCAAAGAACAAAGAAAAACCAGUUGGUGCAAAUAAUUCUCUAUCAAGUUCACCUUCUUCCCCAGAAGUGGGCAGCACUACGGGUUUCCGGAGGAUGAAAGUAAAGGAUAUCUCAGAGUACAUGAUUCAUGCUGCCAGGGAAAAUCCACAGUUAGCGCGGAAAAUCCAUGAGGUCUUACUUGAAAAUGGAGUAGUGGCACCGCCUGACUUGUUUUCAGAAGAUUCAAUGGAGGAGCCAAAGGAUCUAAUUGUGUGUGAUGCCACCCUAUUUCAAAGCAAGGAUGAAAUGAAAAGGAGAAUGAAUGAGGUUGGAUCAAGGGAAUAUGCUGAUCGUGGUCAUGGCCCAUCACCGUCUCAUCGUCCUGGGCAUGAACUCCAAUCAAAAAUUGUACCUCACCGGGCACUUCUGGACUCACUUAAACCUAUCGAGGGUUUGGGUAUAUACCAUCAUCCGGAUAUCCGUGAUAACACAUCUCCCUAUUUUUCUCAUUAUGAACCUUCGGCACCUCCCCAGGAAACUUCGUCACAGCUCUCAAAGCAAUUGCCUGUCACGGCCGCUGCUGUUGCAACUGCUGCAGUGGUGGCGUCUUCGAUGGUUGUGGCAGCCGCAAAAUCUAACAGUGAUAUGAAAUUUGAUGUGCCCGUUGCAGCUGCAGCCACCGUUACCGCAGCUGCAGUUGUUGCAACAACUGCUGCUGUUAGCAAGCAAUAUGAACACUCGGAGCCUGGUAAUCAGCUACUUAGUUUACCAAGCACAUCUGAACGAAAUGAAUCAGUUGAGAAAGCUGCAGAUGACUUUUGGGAUAAACAGCACACUGAAAUUGGUCAUGGCCAAGAUAAUGCUCUAGAUCAAGAAAGGGAUUCUGCCGAAGUUCCCCGGGAAGCUGAAAGAACCUCAGAUAAAUCAAGCGGGACAGAAAGUGCAAAAUCUGAAGUUACUCUAGACGAUGUUGCAGAGUUUGAGAUGCAGUUGGAAGAAAUUGCAAUCGGGGAACGGAUUGGCCUUGGAUCAUUUGGAGAAGUUUAUAGAGGUGAAUGGCAUGGAACAGAAGUUGCAGUCAAGAAGUUUUUGCAACAAGAUAUUUCAAGCGAUGCUCUGGAUGAAUUUAAAGCUGAGGUGCGAAUAAUGAAGCGGUUACGUCAUCCUAAUGUUGUUCUUUUCAUGGGUGCUAUCACUCGGGUGCCUAAUCUUUCCAUUGUCACCGAAUUUCUUCCAAGAGGUAGCUUGUUCCGGUUGAUUCAUCGACCUAACAACCUGUUGGAUGAAAAGAGGCGGUUAAGAAUGGCACUUGAUGUGGCACGAGGUAUGAAUUAUCUGCAUAAUUGCACACCAGUUAUAGUCCAUAGAGACCUGAAAUCUCCAAAUCUACUGGUUGACAAGAACUGGGUUGUGAAGGUUUGUGAUUUUGGCCUAUCAAGAAUGAAGAACAAUACCUUCCUAUCAUCAAGAUCAACAGCUGGAACAGCGGAGUGGAUGGCACCUGAAGUUCUACGUAAUGAACCAUCAGAUGAGAAAUGCGAUGUCUUUAGUUACGGUGUCAUACUGUGGGAACUUUGUACGCUACAGCAACCUUGGGAAGGUAUGAACGCAAUGCAAGUCGUUGGAGCAGUUGGGUUUCAGAGUCGCCGCCUUGAUAUUCCAGACAACGUCGACCCCGCCGUAGCAGAGAUCAUAACAAGAUGCUGGCAGACGGACCCAAGGGCGCGGCCUUCAUUUGCAGAGAUCAUGGCUGCAUUAAAACCAUUACUGAAACCCUUGCCCGCGAGCGCCAAGGCAGAGAGUACAGCAAACAGACGGGUAAAAGUAAAACGAAGAUGA